AGCACCACUCUUCGGGAUGCGAGGCUGCGGCUGCAAAAUCACAGCGUCCCUGUAGGGUCUGCAAGGAGCCUCUGACGUCCGAGCAGCAACUCGCGAGCAUGUGCCAGCGAACUUGAAGCAGCUCGUGGCGAGUUGUUCUGCACCGGUGUCGACCUGCCUUUCACGUUCAUGGGGCUACGCAUCUGAGAAAAUACUCGCGCAGGAUCCCACACGGGACUGCGAGGCAGCAGUGGGAAUGGAUCGACCUGCGUGUUAUCCGACCUCCACCUAUUCGCCUAAGCUACAGGACGGACCAGGAGAUCUCAUGUCGACUGCACGCUUGGCUAAGCACUCGCUGACCCUGAUGCCGCCUUAGGGCUGCGGCGUCUCGACCCCUGCAGCUGCCACCCCUCGUCAUCGCUCAUGACGGGCGUGUAGGGGUGAGAGGAGGCUAAAAUAGAGAGGCAGAGAGAUGACUCCGAGCAGCUGGUCUAACGUGCAGCAAAACCAGAAUGCCGAGAGCGCAAAGUGGUCCCAUUCGAACCGAUUCGAUGCGGACGGUGGGACUGGGCGGACGACCAGCACGAUGCGACAUGCCAGGACACAUAACGAUGUGAUGGCAAGGCAGAUGCAUUCUUGGUGCUGCAGCUUGUGAGGGUGAUAGAAUCUGCAUCAGCUCUUUGACGAUUGGACAAAAUUCAGUAAACUCCAUCAAGGACCAAUCUCGGUAGAAACUCAUGUUCCAGCACAACUUCAGUGCUGCAGGUCAAUUCGGCUAAGGACCACAGAGUACUCUCCUCACACGUGCUGUAUCGCAACUCCAUUUAGACUCGUGA